AUGAACACCGGUGGUUUCCAAGGUAGUACAUACCCCAAUCCGGGCCCUGGGCAAGGUUACCAAGGUCCACCAAUAGCCAAUGUAUCUCCACCGCCAUAUGGACAGCCAGGUCAUGGCAUGCCUGGGCAGACUUACCCUUCUGGAUACUCUCAAAGCUAUCCACAAAAUUAUCCAGGCCAUGGCUACCAUCAGGGACAAGGAUAUCCUCCACCGGGCUACCCUCCUCAAGGCUAUCCUGGACAGAGCUAUCCACCUCAAAGUUAUCCUGGACAGGGCUAUCCUGGGCAAGGACAGGCAGCGCCGCGUGUUGGUGAAAUGGCUACUUGUGCUGCGUGCACAGCGUGCCUCACAUGUCUGUUCUGUUCGUGCUGUCAGGGUUUAAUGGGAGCAGCAAUGGGUCAAGGGAUGGACCAUGAAGGUGAAGACGAAGGUCCAGCGGGAUCUGCGAACGUUUCGCCACCAGCUCAACACGAUGAUUUAUAA